UAUAAAUCUAUCUACUGAGGAUCGAGAGCUAAUUAAUAUACAUGGCGAUAUCCCACGUCAAGCCUUUGCAUCUUUCUCUCCUUGUGUCACUCUUUUUCUUGCCUUCUGCUUUGGGCGGAACCGAUUUCCAUAACUGCAAUCCCCUUCGUGACUAUCCCGUCAAAGUCAAGACUGUCGUGAUAUCUCCAGACCCGGUUAAGAUUAGCACUAAUGGAAACAUUACGAUAACCGGUUCUACAAGCGUAGAUAUCCCUGAUGGAGCAACUGUAAAUCUCGACGUUAGAGCAUGA